UGCUGGAAAGGAUCAAGAGGAAGAAGCUGUUUGGAGAGGCGGAGGCCAGUCAGCUGUUACAGAGUCUGGUCUCAGCUGUCAGCUUCAUGCACGAGGCGGGAGUCGUGCACAGAGACCUCAAACCAGAGAACGUGCUAUUUGCAGGCGAGGGGGAGGACUCGGUGCUCAAAGUAAUAGAUUUUGGGUUUGCCCGCCUGUGCCCUGCAGGCAGCGCCCCCCUGCAGACUCCCUGCUUCACGCUGCAGUACGCUGCACCUGAACUUUUCGAGAGCGCGGGAUACGACAAAGCCUGCGACCUCUGGAGUCUCGGGGUCAUCUUGUACACCAUGCUGUCAGGCCAGGUGCCAUUUCAGAGCGAGCAGCGGGGGAUGACCUCAUCAUACGCUGCUGACAUCAUGCAAAAGAUUAAGGAGGGCGAUUUCUCGUUGGAUGGGGAGGCCUGGAAGGGCGUAUCGGAGGAUGCCAAAGAGCUCGUUAAAGGUCUGCUGACGGUGGACCCGGAGAUGCGUCUCAAACUCUCGGAUCUGAAAGAGAACGGCUGGCUUCAGGGCGGAGCGUCCAUGUCCACCACUCCUCUGUGCACUCCAGAUGUGCUGGAGUCCAGUGGGCCGACUGUCCGCACUUACGUCAACGCCACCUACAAG